UCUCUCUUCUCUCUUUGUCGGCUAGUGGUGGUACAACGAUGUCUCUCUUGGAUCAGACAAGACUAGACCAACAAACUUACGCUACUACAGUCACGUGGUAACAGGCAAAGUUUAUAAAAAGCCAACAGGCUGUGCCGUCCCCUUCAGAAGCAACAUUAAAAUCGCUUUAUUAAUUAACGCAGAGCAAGAGAAGCAAGACAUUUUUAUUGACUAUAAACAAAUGUUGAUCUGCUGAGGAGUAUCAAGAUGUAACGAGGAUGACAAUGAUGACAAGAUCAACAAUAACAACGAAAAGAACAUCCACAACAGCUGAACUUAAUGUUGCUUGACUAAGAAGAAAGUAAACAGAAAAAACAACAACAAGGAGUUUACAAAUUACACAUCGGAAUAACCAUUUGAGGGCAUUAUCAACAACAUAGACAACUUCGUUACCCUUAUUAUUGAACAAUGGAUCGUAAGAGAAUAAAGAUGAAUGGAAGGUUGACCGCUACUAAAGUGGAACUUAAUUAUAGCGCUUGGAGUGGAAAUUCGUCUUUUUACCAAGGAGAUUAUAUGGAUGAGACUUCUAUUAAUCACCAGUUUGGAUCUGAUAGAAAUAUUAACAAGAAAGAUUGUCUUUAUAAUAGAUACUUUAAUGCUAGAAUCAAUUGUUUUUGGUUGUUGACAGUUCUUAUCUGUGUUUUCUCAAACUUCGUGUGUCGAGUACACUGUGUUUCGUCAACAACUGCUGAGACUAUUUAUAGUACAGCUACCAGCAGAAAUAUAACGAUGACAACAUCGUAUUCACAGCCGAAUCAAACAUCUGAUCAAUAUGAGCAGUCUACUAAACCAGCAACCCUGGUAAAAUCAUCCGACAAGCAGCCAGUGUCCAAACAUCGAGCUCAGUCAACGCAAUACGAACCAGAUAAAGUACGCCCUAAAGAUCGUCUCAACAAAUUUCAUCAACGACAACAACAGCGAAAACAGAAAGAGUUAAGGACCAAGUUGACAACAGAAACAUAUACAACUCAGACAACUGCAUCGACAGAAGUCCCGACGACUCAAACUACACAAAAAGCUCAGUCAACUGAAGGAACCAAAGAGACUGAAACACCUCAAACAACUUCUAAAACCCGAAAGCCUCAAACAACUUCUAAAACCCGAAAGCCUCAAACAACCCCUAAACCUGAAAAACCUCAAACAAUCGAAACAUCGCAAGUCGUUCAAACACAAAGAGUAGAAAAGACAACACAGACGAUAGUGGAAAAAAAGGAAACCCAAACAAGCGAAAAACCCCAAACAACUGAAAGAACACGGACAACUCUGAAAGAGAGAAUAACAGAAAAACUGAACACAGUUCCCCGGACAUCGCAGAAACCCCAGACAACCCUUAAAACAACUGAAAAAACUCGGACAACAGAUAGCAAGAAAGAAUUACCGGAAAUAACAAAAAAGCAGACUGUAAAAGUAACCCCGACGACAGAAACAACUGAAAGGGCGGAAGAAACAAAACAAGGUGUCACAACACCGACUAAUACCGACAAACGAAUACCAACAACUUCGGCUACAGACGCAGACGAUGAUCAGUGUCCAGAAAACUCAAUGGCUUACUAUAAUAUAACGUUUGUACCUCUUUGGUCAAGUAGAAGAUUCCCAAAGAUGUAUCCUAUGUACCGACCGCAUGCACAGUGGUCAAAAACAAUCGGACGCACACACGACCACAAUUACACGAUGUGGAAGAUUGGUUCUUACGCAAGUGUCAAAGUGAAGAGCUUCGCCGAAACAGGAGUGUCCACAGAUUUUGAUAGUGAAGUGCAAGGUCACGAAGGUGUCCUUGAUGCAUUUAAUCUGCCAGCCAUAGGAAAAGGUUUUGGUCAAUCUCAAGGAAGCAUGUUCGUAGAUUCUGCUCAUCCUCUUGUUUCUUUUAUAGUAAAGAUAAUUCCGAGCCCUGACUGGUUCGUUGGAGUUAGUUCUUUAAACCUCUGCUCUAAGAAGAAAUGGAAGAAAAAAGUGAUCAUGAAAUUGUUUCCGGUUGAUGCUGGUACCGACAUCGGAUUGACAUUUACGUCACCCAAUUGGCCUGCUUAUCCUCCUGAAAAAAUCAAUAGGAUCACUUCUUCAUUUCCUAAUCACGAAGCCAGUUCGUUCCACUAUAAAAGUCUCAAAAAGUUACCUCGUAUAGCUUACGCAACUUUCUAUAAAGUCGAGGAAUACAGAAGUAUUUUUAAGCGGACGAAGCCUUAUAAAUCACGUCUUCCAAGUCUUAUGGAUAGGUUACCUCCCCUUGUUAACAAACCAUCAGUUGCAAAUCACCCUUAUAAGCCAUCAACGAAUGCACAGACUGGUGAACAACCAGCCAAGUCUUAUACCGAAACAGUAUCAUCACCGCUUGAUGAUGACAGUGAGGAGGAUUUCGGCAACAUUACAAAUCUACUUGCAGUUGCUGAAAACGAACCAGCGAUACCUCUCGACUGUCAAGUGAGCAACUGGGGUGAAUGGGGUCCCUGCUCGAAAACCUGUGGAUUUGGACGACGGGAACGGUUCCGAUUUGUCACUCAAGAACGAAAGAAUAAUGGUUACUUAUGCCCUCAACUGAAAGAGGAAGCGCUCUGUGGUAGCAUGAGAAACUGCCAAUGGAAAUACUUCAAACCAUUUCUCAGUAUUGCACAGAAACGUACAGCCCGAACGCCUGGCACCGCGAACGUUAAGAAGGCUUCGGAGCAAAAGAAACAUUAGAGAGAGAGAGAGAGAGAAGAAACGCUGUGAAUUAUUAACAUUACUUUUAUUGUCAUCAUUAUUAUCACCAUCAUUGUUGGAUUGGUGGAAUUAGUAGAGCUUUGUUGUAUUUAGUCACGCCUUUUUUACCUUUUGAGUUCAGUAUUCCACCGAGGUCAACUUUGCCUUUCGUCCUUCUGGGGGUUCGAUAAAAUAAAUUACCAGUCAAGUACUAGGAUAGAUUUCCCUCCCCAACAAAUAUAAGAGGUCUCGUUCGUAUACAAGAAAGCAUGGAUCUGCUUAUAGUUGUUUUUUUUCUUUCUGUUACGUGAAGUGGUCGAACAAAUGAUUUGCAGUGUUUAGUUUCCUCCCUUUUACGUUCUGAGAAUACUGCUGAGGUAGUCUUAGCUAUUAACCCUUCCGGAAUCGUUAAAAUAAAUACCAGACAAGCAGUGAGGUCGAUCUAUAGUAGAAUCGAUUGAGUAUCGGAAAAGAAUUGUUUAUUCUCGGCCCUUUAGCUUCUAAGCUCCAAUUCUGCCUGAGAUCAACGUCUUAAUCAAGUAUCGGAGUCGAUUUAAUAUUCUGAUAGAACCUCCUAGGCGUAACUGGAAGAGGGCGUUUUCCUUUUUUAGAAGAGGGGCGUUUUCCUUUUCUCUGCCACAAAAAUAUUCCCGAUUCUGAGUUCAAAUCCAGUGAGGGAUUUUUUCUUUCCAUUCUUACUUUCUUUACCGUUUAUCUUUUACUUGUUUCACUCUUUAGACUGCAGCCAUGCUGGGGCAUCACCUUGAAGAAUUUUUAGUUGUAUGAAUCGACUCCAGUACCUUUAAAAAAAAAGAAGCCUGGUAUUUAUUCUAUCAGCAUCUUUAGCCGUUCAGGGACGUAAACAAUCUUUCGGAGUCGAUAAAAUAAAGUACGAAACAAGUGCGAACCAAUUGUAUCGAUUAACCUUCUCUCUCCAAAAUUGCUGAAUUUGUGUCUAGCAAAGGCGGCGAAGUAGCAGAAUCGAUUACGCUUCGGACAUAAUUCUUACAAUUCUUCUCGCUCUUUAUGGCCUGAGUUCAAAUUCCGCCGUGGAUUAACUUUCCCAGUCAUCCUUUGGGAAUCGAUAAAAUUAAAUACCAGUCAAAGACUGGGGUCGAUGUAAUCGACUGCCCUCCCACCGAAAAUUUCAGGCCUCGUGCCAAUAGUAGAAAUGACUGACAGAGUCGUUAGCACGCCGGACAAAAUGCUUAGCAGCAUUUCGUCCGUCUGCACGUUCUGAGUUCAAAAUUCCGCCGAGGUCGACUUUGCCUUUCAACCUUUCGGGGUCGAUAAGUUAAGUACCAGUAAAAUACUGGGAUCGAUGUAAUCGACUUACCCCUCCCCCCAAAACUUCAGGCUUUCUUUAUGCCUAUAGUAGAAACGAGUAGUAGUAGUAGUAGGAGGAGGAGGAGGAGGAGUAGUAGUAGUAGUAGUAGGAGUAGUAGUAGUAGUAGUUGAGCUGGUAGAAUCGUUAGCACGCCGGGUGAAACGCUUAGCGGUAUUUCGUCUGCCGUUACGUUCUGAGUUCAAAUUCCGCCGAAAACGACUUUGCCUUUCAUCUUUUCGGGAUCGAUAAAUUAAGUACCAGUGAAAGACUGGGGUCGAUGUAAUCGAUUUGCCCCCUCCCCCAAAAUUUCAGGCCUUUCUUGUGCCUAUAGUAGUAGUAGUAGUAGUAGAUUCAUAUAAGUUUUUUUUCAGGGCACCACAAGAUGCACAUCUGUUUUUAGGUUAUGUGCAGUACUGUAUUGGAACAGCAGCUUUGAACCAUUGCUGGUUUUUAAAUUAGUGCAUUUUGUUUUUUGCCUCGAGAAGGUCAUUUUGCCAAUAAUAAACACACGCACGGGUUCUAGUUCACUUCUUUAUUCUUAUUCUUAUUAGUCUAUCGAUCAACCAGUUAACUAAGCGAUUGUCUGAUCAGUCGUUCGCUAACAGGAUAUUUACCAUGGAAAUAUUUUUUUUUCCAUUCUUGCUUCUUUUAUCUCUUACUUGUUUCAGUCUUUAGACUGUGGCCAUACUGGGGCAUCACCUUGAACAAUUUUUAGUCGAAUGAAUCGAUCCCAGUACUUUUUUUUAAAAGCCUGGUACUUAUUCUAUCAGAUUCUUUUGCCGAACUGCUAAGUUACGGAGACGUAAACACACCAACUCUGGUUGUCAAGCAGUGUUGGGGCUAAAAAGAUGGAUACAAGCACACACAAAUAUAAAUACAUAUAUAUACUUAAAUACAUAUGCACAUACAUACGACGGGCUUCUUUCAGUUUCCUUCCACCAAAUCCACUCAAGGAUUUGGUCGGCCGAGGCAAGAGUAGAAAACAUUUACCCCAGGUGCCACGCAAUGGGAAUGAACCCGGAACCAUGUGGUUGGGAAGCAAACUUCUUACCACACAGCCACGACUGCGCCUAUGGUAAUUCAUUUCAUCGUCCCCGCAGUGAUGAAAAUCAAAACUGACCUAAAUGGGAAUUGAACUCAAAACGCAGACUACCGAGACUAAAUACUGCAAGGCACUUUGUCCGAUGGCUUAACGACUGCCAAUCCACUGCUCUGCUUACUUUACAUAAUAAAAUCAUUCUAUUUGUUG